CAACAGUACUUAUUAAUCCUUUUUUGUCAAUAAUUACUUUCCGAUGUUUUAUCUUGUCUCUUGCAGGAAGUUGAGUGACCUCUGUCCCAAAUCAUGCACCAAUAGUUGCGCCGGCUGCGGCGAGAGUUGCACAAACUGUUGCGAUCCCUAUACUGGCUGUUGUGCGGGUUGCGGUGGACCGUGUCUGUGUUGCUGGUGUCAACCUUGUUGCGACCCUUAUGCACAGCAGGACCGGUUGUACUACCACAAGCAGCUGAUGAUGAACAAUGCGUAUCAACUUCAACACCACUUGGGACCACCCCGGGCCAGGGCCAGGAGGAAAGAUGCCCUAUAAAAGGCCCCCAGCACCAUUGCCGCGAGAAAGCACCAAGAGAAAGCCAUACUACGAUGAACCUGAAUAUGCUGAAAUAGAUCAGAUUUACAAAGGCAGCCCUCGCAAGAAACAAAGAGAAAAGGAUAAAUAUGUCAAAUUCACUAAGAAUCAGUACCAGGACUCAGCCGAUGAGGGCGACGUAAAACCUACAAGAAAAAGGGCACAGGAAAAAGUGGAAAAUGAUUACAUCGAUAUCUUGGCCGACGACGACGUCGACAAUGCUUACUUAACACCUACGCUGAGGGGAGAAAGAUAUGAGUCCGCCUUCGAUUCAACACCAAUUCGACCACGAUGACAGCGUCGAUGGGGGAAAGGGUGAUCAUUCAAGUUUGCGGCAUCAAACAUCUCGGGUACUGUCCACGUGUCGCUAUAGCUGUAUGUCGUUACCUGAGCUAUUAUACACCAAUAAUGGACAUGCUUCCUUCUUUUAAUUGCCAUCGGCUCUGCAAAAAACGAUGACUUAUUUAUGCAUUGACAUUAAGUAGAUACUGCAUACAUCUUCGCCAUGUUGCAGAAAUAAGAUUGAAAUUUACAAUCAAUAAAUCGUGAAUUUUAGCUAAUGAUUUCUCAA